GACAGACGAACACAACCGCACCAGCUGCGCCGUCAGAUGUGUCGCACACGACGCGCCUUACUACAGCCUACUGACUGACACGAUCGUGGUACUUUAAUCUAAUUCAUUUUUCAGACCACUGCUGAAAACGUUGCAGACAACGCAUUCAAAUAGCACAAGUAACAUUGCGCGGAGUUGUUUGAUCGCUACAAGGAUCGUCCACUGCUGAAAUCCUGACUAACUGGCUCAGGAAUAACACGCCUUCUUCACGGCAUCGAAGUCACCCAUAAGUGGACAACCCCGCGAUCCCCGUGGCUCUUCACGGAGAGGCAUGUAAGAGGGUGAACGCGAACAGGAUUGAACUCCUACUUUCCCACAAAGAGGAUUCAAUGAAAAUGUCUGUCGGCGUGCAUGAGAACCGCAAAUCGCGGGCAAGCACGGGGUCCAUGAACAUCUACCUGUUCCACAAGUCGUCCUACGCCGACAGCGUGCUCAUGCACCUGAACGCGCUCCGGCAACAGCAGCUCUUCACGGACGUGCUGCUCCACGCGGGCAACCGCUCGUUCCCUUGCCAUCGCGCUGUGCUGGCUGCGUGCAGCCGGUACUUCGAGGCCAUGUUCAGCGGCGGGCUACGGGAGAGUCAAGCCAGCGAAGUGGACUUCCGCGACUCUGUCCACCCUGAGGUGCUGGAGCUGUUGCUGGACUACGCCUACUCGUCGCGCGUGGUCAUCAACGAGGAGAACGCCGAGUCGCUGCUGGAGGCCGGCGACAUGCUGGAGUUCCAGGACAUCCGCGACGCCUGCGCCGAGUUCCUGGAGAAGAACCUGCACCCCACCAACUGCCUGGGCAUGCUGCUGCUCUCCGACGCCCACCAGUGCCAGCAGCUGUCGCAGCUCUCCUGGGCCAUGUGCCUGAGCAACUUCCCCGCCAUCAGCAAGAGCGAGGACUUCCUGCAGCUGCCCAAGGACAUGCUGGUCCAGCUGCUGGCCCACGAGGAGCUGGAGACCGAGGACGAGCGUCUGGUCUACGAGUCGGCCCUCAACUGGGUCAACUACGACCUGGAGCGCCGCCACUGCCACCUGCCCGAGCUGCUGCGCACCGUGCGGCUGGCGCUGCUGCCCGCCAUCUUCCUGAUGGAGAACGUCUCCACCGAGGAGCUGAUCAACGCGCAGGCCAAGAGCAAGGAGCUGGUGGACGAGGCCAUCCGCUGCAAGCUGCGCAUCCUGCAGAACGACGGCGUGGUCAACAGCCCGUGCGCGCGGCCGCGCAAGACCAGCCACACGCUCUUCCUGCUCGGCGGGCCCACCUUCAUGUGCGACAAGCUCUACCUGGUGGACCAGAAGGCCAAGGAGAUCAUCCCCAAGGCGGACAUCCCCAGCCCGCGCAAGGAGUUCAGCGCCUGCGCCAUCGGCUGCAAGGUGUACGUGACGGGCGGCCGCGGCUCGGAGAACGGCGUCUCCAAGGACGUGUGGGUGUACGACACGCUGCACGAGGAGUGGUUCAAGGCGCCGCCGAUGCUGAUCGCCCGCUUCGGCCACGGCUCGGCCGAGCUGCGGCACUGCCUGUACGUGGUCGGCGGGCACACGGCGGCCACGGGCUGCCUGCCCGCCUCGCCGUCCGUCUCGCUCAAGCAGGUGGAGCAGUUCGACCCGGCGGCCAACCGCUGGAGCAUGGUGGCGCCGCUGCGCGAGGGCGUGAGCAACGCGGCGGUGGUCAGCGUCAAGCUCAAGCUCUUCGCCUUCGGCGGCACCAGCGUGGCGCACGACAAGCUGCCCAAGGUCCAGUGCUACGACCCGGCCGAGAACCGCUGGACGGUGCCGGCCUCGUGCCCGCAGCCGUGGCGCUACACGGCCGCCGCCGUCCUGGGCAACCAGAUCUUCGUGAUGGGCGGCGACACGGAGUUCUCGGCCUGCUCGGCGUACAAGUUCAGCAGCGACAGCUACCAGUGGACCAAGGUGGGCGACGUCACCGCCAAGCGCAUGAGCUGCCAGGCCGUGGCCUCGGGCAACAAGCUCUACGUGGUGGGCGGCUACUUCGGCGCGCAGCGCUGCAAGACGCUGGACUGCUACGACCCCACGCUGGACGCCUGGAACUCCAUCACCACCGUGCCCUACUCCCUCAUCCCCACCGCCUUCGUCAGCACCUGGAAGCACCUCCCGGCCUGAGAGAUCGGAACGCCGGGAAUUGAAAACGACCCCCCCAACCCCCCCACCCACCCCCGCCUUCCCCUGCCACCUCGACACCGACCUUCCCACGAGACUUCCCUCCCUCGUCUUUGUUCUUCGUCAUCUGCUGGAUCUGUUUGGACUGUGAAGAAGCACAUUUUGAACUUUCCUCUGCUAACAUCCCAAAAGAGACCUCCCAACUGCGAAAAUGCUAACCCUCGUCCUGCCCCGAACAGCGCUUUGUGUGAUGUGAACGCUCCCUCGAGUCCCCUUAAAGCACGAAUGGAUUUCUUAUUUCCGGAGAAAGGACUUCUGUACAGAAUGAUGUGACGUCCUGUUAUCACAGGAAGUGGGGUUUGAUGAAAACAAACCAUUUGGCUGCUUGUUCCCAAGAGACCAACCAUCUUCCACUUGUACUAUAGACAUAUCACAUCAUCACGCAGCACCUGUAUGGAAGAAGACAGACUCACCCUUUCAUUUGAGAGAUGCCAGGCUGAGACCUAGACAUUGUAUAUUGCAUGAAGGAUGAUUCUUUUGUUUGUGGAGACUCUGCCUUGAAGCCUCAUAGGACAUGGAGGAGGAGGAGGAGGAGGAGGAGGAGGAGGAGGCGAGAAAGACUACAUCAGCAUGUUCAGUGUCCAUGUACACAUAAUGGAGAAAGAACAGAAAUAUCUCCCUCUCUAACACACACACACACACACACACACUCACACACACAGACACAGACACACCCACACACAGACACACACACUCGCACUGAGCCCCUACCCAUGUGAGUUUCUCUCUCCAAGAUGACUGAUAUCUUGCUGCACUUUGUUUUGGAGCAUUUAUGAGGUGUGUGUGUGUGUGUGUGUGUGUGUGUGUGUGUUUGUUGGUUACAGUGUUACUCUCUUAAAUACAUUGCUGGCAUGGAGGAAAGAGAAACACAGACACACACACACACUCACCAGAUGGUGUCUAUGUGCUGAAGCUGGCUAGACUUUGCUAAUUUAGUGAGAGAAAUUGGACACGCAGACACCUUAUGUUGCACUGGUUGCGCCAAGGUGUCCGUGUGUGUGUGUGUGUUUGUGUGUGCGUGCCUGCGUGCGUGCGUGCGUGCGUGCGUGCGUGCAUGUGUGUGUAAGAUGACAAGCAUGUGAAGGUUCAUGCCCUGACAUGCCUAUCUGAUUGAAGAUGCAGCCGACAACCUUCCUAACCCAAAUGUCCCUCCCUUAACUUCUCUCUAACUCUCAAUACAGUUUAACUCUCAAUACACACAAAUGCACACACAAACAGAUAGACACACACACACACACACACACAGACUGCUGGACUAAUGACUGAACAGCAGCCAGUCAUGAAUGCUAGUCAGCAAAGAGACAGACAGGUUCCUGAGUGGCUAAGGCAUAAGCCUGCCGCCAAGCUGCUCCCCGUGGGAUACAGUAGCUUUCAAACUGUGUGUGUGUGUGUGUGUGUGUGUGUGUGUGUGUGUGUGUGUAUCCAUGCCCACGCCUGUACAGAACUAUUCUGAGCCCCAUAUGGUCACGGCUUGCAAAAGUCCCGCCGCUGAAGACCACUCUGACAGACUGCAAGAACACACGGUCUCCAUGGAAACCAUAUGGAAAAAAUACAGAAACAAAAGGAAAGAAAAAGAAAAGAAAAGAAAGAAAGAACUGUAAACAAGAAAAAAAGAGUCGCCUCAAGAACCAUUUUUUUGUCUAUUCUUAAUCUUAUUUAUGAGAAAAUGACGGAGAUCGUUUUUGUUUUGUUGUUUUAUUUGUAAAACGUGUAUUUUUUAAAUAUUUAUUGUGUUGUUUAUUUUCAUGCAGUUCCAAUACUUUGUCAUCAUGCAUGGAUCACAUCAUCUCCACUCUCUCUCUUUCUCUUUUCUUCUCUCUCUCUCUCUCUCUCUCCUAUUCUCCUUGCCUCUAAGCUGACGCUUUUGCACAUCUUUCGUUUCCUUCGGAUGGGCGUGGCUGUGAAACUGAAGACCCCUCUGGUCAUGUGACGCCUCUAGAGCCCUCUAGGGGUCAGAGGUCAGAGUUCCAGGGCCGCGGAGGGAGUGACGUCGGGAUAUUAGAUUACCCAGAGUGCACCGGGGUCCAGUCAGCUGGAUACGUCGGGUCACCCGGGUCUCAGAACACAACCCUCACCCCGCUGUAGACAUAGGAGUGUCAUCCUCCUCAGCCUGCCGUAGUCUGCUGCCCCUGCUGCCUUAGUCCUGCUAUUACAUCUCUUUCGGCCGCCUUCACAGUCCGUUUGAAGGCAUUUUGUGAAUAGGGCUUGUAAGAUAAACCCCGGACACACAGUCACACACAAAAAUGCACACACGCACAUUCUCGCCUGAAAUUAAAUCAGUCACUGAUCAGGAAUAGACUACAGUCUAUUUUUCUCGCUCUCUCUCACACACACACACACACACACUGAGUGUAACAUUUCUCUGUACAUGGAACACCUGUGAAGCCCUACAGAGGAAUGCUCCAGCUAGAGCUAUUACUGUCACUACGACGCUGGUGUGUGUGUGAGAGAGUGUGUGUGUGUGUGGAGAUGAGGCAGUGCUAAAUCUGACACCUCUCAGGCGACGUAACAGCAGCGGCGGGUUGAGGAAGGGGGGGGGGGGGGGGGGGAUGACGACGAGGAAUGAGGAUGAAGACUUGUCCUAGUUUAGCACCGCGAGACCUUGUGCGGUUCCUUGCUGUGUGUGGCUAAGGAAGCGCUAGCUGAAUCCCGAAGGCCCUGAACUGGGCAUCUCUGAGCUGAGACAUUCAGAAGGGCAGACUGACGCCACAGUUAUUCUGCGCCACGAGCAGCGAGAGCCAAUAGCAGCAGGAAAUCCCUAAAGACACACGUGAAUCGUCUCCUUUUUUCAAAUGGAAAAAAAAAAAAAAAACCCUACACCAGCAGUGGCUUUGGCUACAUCCACAAUAUUACUUUUUCGUUUUUAAAACCUUUCAUUUUCAAUAUGUUCUCUGUCCGCAUAUGUGUUUGUAAUGCCCCUAGAAAGAGUGUGUGUGUAUGUGGGACACACACUCACACACAUGAGGUACAGAUCAUGUCUACUCGCACAAGUCAGAUGACUGUUCAGUAUUGUGAAAUGCAGAAUUGAACUGCACUACAGAUGCCACCAAAGACAGCACGGCUAGCAAGGCUUGGAUUCCGGUCCCCAUGUUCCCACCUUCACCGCUGGCAGGCUAGUAGUGAACAUUGAAGUAAGUCAUGGACACUCAAGAAAUGCCAGGCAGACAAGGUCCAAAUCAGGAAGGGAACGUGGGUUUCUGCGUUAUUUUUUUAGACGUUUGCCGAUUUACUGUCUACAUGAAGAUGCAAAAGCCUGAGUUUUCCAAGCGAAUACGGGGGGACAACGGCGCUUUCGAAUCGUUCCGUUUCAGGAGCUCGAAAAUAUUGGAGCAGUGUAGAAAAAAAAACGUAACAGGUGUGUUUAGGAUUCAGACGAAAAUGUAAUAGUGUGGAUGUAGCCUUUGUCUGUAGUCGUCUCCCAAGUGGCUGCCUACUCCCCCUGAGCGGCCUGGGCCAGAUUCGGGGGGAGUCGCCUAUAGGAGAGAUCUGUGUGUGUUUGUGUGCAUGUAUUGUAUAUGCCUUCAAGGUUCGCAGUAAACUGGAGCUUAGAUCCGGGCUGGAUCACAUGCCACUCCAGCUGCUGUGGAGGCGGUGUACGUGUGUGUGUGUGUGUGUGUGUGUUUGGGCAUUCUUGCGGUGCGUGCACAUCUGUAAGUGAUGUAAGCGAUGCGGCCGAGUGUUUGCCUGGGAGGCCAGAGGGGCGUGGGGCGCAGGAGUGUGUGUGUGUGUGUGAGGACGAGCCGCUCUCAUGUGGGUUUGGACGCCACGCCCUGCACUGCACUGCACUGCACUGCACUGCACUCAGCUGAGCUGAACUGAGCUGAGCUUCUCUCUGCAUUUGAUUAGUACACUUGUACACACUAGUACACACACACUCUCACACACACACACACACACACAGAGACCCACACACACAGAACCCAUCCACCAAAUUCACUCACACACCAGACACCACCCCCACCCAGUGCUACCCCCAACCUUACCACCCCAACCCAACCCCCAAGCUUAUACCCAAGCCCCCCCACCCCCCACCCUGAGCCCACGGUCCUCGACCCCUUGGUCCCCAAGCCCUCCCCCCCCACCCUGAGCCCACAGUCCUCGACCCCUUGGUCCCCAAGCCCUGUGGCGACGGAUUCAGAGAAUUCCUGAGUGCUCUUUGGUUCUCUGGGGGUCAGCUCUGCUGAUCUGGACCUCUGGUCAAGAAAAGAGCCCUUUUCAUGGGACACCUCACGGCCAAUCAGAUAAGAGGACCCCCUUCUCCCCCUCCCCUCUCUCUCUCUCCCUGGCUCCAGUGGGGUUGCCACAGCAACAGUCAACAAUGAAUGCACGGCGACCAUUUCACUUGUAAUUGUCGAGUGCUCUGCCUUUCUUCUCUUGCUUUCUCUUGUUUUCGGGGGAGGUCUGGCUCGCUCCCCCUUUCUUUGCUUCAGUCUUUUGGAGUGUGUGUGUGUGUGUGUGGGGUGGGGGCUCAGGAAUUCAGACCCCCAACAGACACACACACACACACACACACAUACAGUCUCAGUGUAAACAUUACAGAAAUUGUAUGUGAUAUGUAUAAAAAAAAAGCACAUAGAAUGCAUCUCUGAAGACACACUGUCAAUGUGAGUAUGUUCUGCUAAGUGUUCUUGUUUUUUUAUUUUUAUAUUUUUUGAGUUCGCUUUCUUGUAUGGCUCAUGUGCUCUUGCCCAACCACGGCAGUUAACAUUAUUUUGUACAAGUGAUUUUUUUCACCAUGUGAAAUUCAUGGCUAAUAAACAUAAGAGUUUUUCCUCUUGACCAUUAAAAGAAAAAA